AUGGCAACUUUGUGGACCAAAGCCGGCCUGAAAUUGGCAUCCAGCGGCGUCGCGCCUCUUCAGUUCCAGCGGGGCGCGGCUAGACUCACGUCGAUCCACGCCAUUCCACUGACCUACACUGUUGCCCCAGUGGUCAACCACAGUCUCACCAAGUCGAACGAAAGAAAGACGCUUCUCGCCAGACCCGGGCUUCUUGGUAUCAAGAGAGAGAUGGUUUCUUGGUUCUCGCCGAGCGGAGCACAAUUUGCCGCCACCAUCAUCGAAAUCGAUGCAUGUGAAGUGGUGGACACGAUACUGUUUACCGAGCAUGGCUACUCUGCCGUGAAGGUGGGCCACGUGGAUAAGUUGAAGAACGUCGACGCCGGGGUUUUGCGCAUGUGUGAGGCCGCCGGGGUGUCACCCAAAGCCAAGAUCUCCGAGUUCAGAGUGAGGACCGACGAGGGCCUCAUACAGCCAGGCGCAGAGCUUAAGGCAGACUACUUUGCGGUGGGCCAGCUUGUGGAUGUCAAGGGCGUGACCAAAGGUAAAGGCUUUGCCGGUGUCAUGAAGAGACACGGCUUCAAGGGUUUGGGAGCCACUCACGGUGUGUCCGUGUCGCAUAGAUCUGCCGGAUCCAUGGGUCCCACGCAAGAUCCCGGUAGAGUGUUGCCAGGAAAGAAGAUGGCCGGCCGUAUGGGCGGCAACAACUGCACUGUCCACAACAACGAGGUUUUGCAUGCCGACGGUGACGCCGGGAUCUUGGUGGUGAAGGGCCAGAUCCCCGGGCCCAGAGGAGCAUACGUCAAGAUCACUGACGCAAGAAAGGUUUACGGUAAGUCCUUGCUUUCGGAGAAGAAAUUGUAA